AUGUCGUCAGCUGACCUAUUUAAAAAGUUCACACUGCAAAACGUCGCACAGAUUGCGAACAUCACCAACAAGGAGCAAGCGCAGGUGCGCAAAGACCUGGCGGAGCAGUACCCGCUGCUCGCAGACUACUGGGAAGACAUCAUCCCGAAGAAGUCCGAUAUAAUGCUGGUGCGAUGCCACGACCAGGUGCACUGUGUCACGCUCGUAAGCGCGCAGCCGGAGGUCCUCUUCUUCAACCACCACGGUGGUCCAUACAUACCACACCUAAAGCUUCUUCAGAAGUACCCAUUCAUUCUUCCGAAGCACCAAGUCGACAUCGGUGCAUGCAAGUACGUUGUCUCUGGGGCGAAUAUUAUGUGUCCCGGACUCACUUCGAAGGGUGGAUACAUUUCGCCGGACAUUGCAGCUGGUCAGGUGGUGGCUGUGUAUGUGGAGGGCAAGGAGCACGCCGUGGCGAUAGGAAAAAUGUUGAUGCCCUCCGAGGAGAUCGAGCGGGUAAACAGCGGACCGUGUAUUGAGAACGUACAUCACCUGGGCGACGGCCUGUGGAUGAACCGCAUCCUCAGCGCCUCACACAUAGGGGCCAAGUGA